UCCCCGCGGUCCCGUCCCCGGUGUGGCCCCGCAGCCCGGCGGUCCCGUCCCCAGCGGUGCUGCCCCCGCGGCCGGUUGCUCCCCAUCCCCAUGGGCCCGUCCCGGGGGUGCCGUGGCCGGUGUCCCCCCCGGUUCCCCCAUCCCCGGUGUCCCCGUGCGGGGCCGGGGGUGACGGCUGCGUCCGCAGGGCCCCCGCCGGCACCAUGAGCACCGAGACGCUGGUGAAGGACGUCAAACCGGGGCUGAAGAACCUCAACCUCAUCUUCAUCGUGCUGGAGACGGGCCGGGUGACGAAGACGAAGGACGGGCACGAGGUGCGGACGUGCAAGGUGGCCGACAAGACGGGCAGCAUCAACAUCUCGGUGUGGGACGAUGUGGGGAACCUCAUCCAGCCCGGGGACAUCAUCCGCCUCACCAAGGGCUACGCGUCCGUCUUCAAGGGCUGCCUGACCCUCUACACGGGGCGCGGAGGCGACCUGCAGAAGAUCGGCGAGUUCUGCAUGGUCUACUCCGAGGUGCCCAACUUCAGCGAGCCCAACCCCGAGUACGUGGCGCAGCAGUCGCAGAGCAAAGGGGCCCAGAACGAGAGCGCGAGUCCGGCUGCUUCGCAGACCAGCCAGGGCCCCCCCGCGGCCUCCCCAGCCCCCGACAGCCAGAACGGGAACGGGCUGAGCCCGGGGGGCCCCGCGCACCCCCCCAGCGCCCCCGCGCACCCCCCCAGCGGCCGCAUCACCCGCAGCCAGCCCGGCCACCCCGGCCCCGCCGCCGGCCCCGUCAGCAACGGCAAGGAGACGCGGAGGAGCAGCAAGAGAUAACGGGCCGGGACACCCCCGCGGCCCCCGGCACGGUCUGUGGUGGGGGUCCCCGGCCCCCCCGGCUCCUGCCCCGGGCCCUGAGCAGCCCCCGGGGCGAGGAGGGGGCCGGCCGGGCCCCGCUGCCCCCGCUCACUUGCCUCCGGGGAGGGCGGGGGUGGCCCAGGCCCCCCCGUAUUGGGCCGGCCGGGCUCGGGGGUCCCGGGCAGGACGGGGCUGAGCCGUGCGGCCGCUGCCCGGCAGCCCCUGGGGCCGGGGGUCCGCAGCCCCCCCCCACCCCGUGCCCCCCGCACCCAGCCACUGCCUGCCCUCGCCUGCGCCAAGGCCGGCGGCCAGGACCUGUCAGGGCAGGUGUUAAUAAAGGUUGACCUCC